UGUGUGAGAAAGUGAGAAAGAAGUAAAAUUGUUGAAUGUAUUGAAGCAAGAGAAAGAUAUUAGAAAGAGGAUAAAGAGAUUUAGAGAGGGAAAGAGGGAGAGAAAGAGAGAAAGAGAGAGAAUGAGCCACGCUCAACAGCAUGUGCUUGCGAGCGCCAUAGUCCUCGCUCUGAUAGUGGUCUUCGGCAUCCACGUCUUCCUCUUUCCCAUGUACACCUCCAGUCCGGCGUCCAGGCACACGAAGAUCUCAUCGUACGAGCAAGCAUUAUGUCGGACCAAUCAGAAAAGCGUCCGAGUACCACCAGAAUGGAGGAACCCUUGUCCAAAAUAUGGAAUUGUCACGGCUGUCCAAGGUGGCCGACUCGGUAAUCAAAUUUGGGAAUACGCCUCGGUAUGGGCAACCGCUAGAAGAACCGGUUUAGAACCGUUUAUGCCUCGUUGCAUAUUGAAGACACUCGAGGAACAUUUUGAAAAUCUCAGUAUACCACCUUUGAGUUAUAUCGGAAGAUGUACUCUCGACGUUGGCCAAGUUGUCAAUUCGCUUGGUCAAUGGAACAGUACCGAACAGAACAUCAUUAUACCGAGGCAUGCAGCAUACUGGUCUCUGAUUCUUGUCUGGUUGGACGAUGUACGUCGUGAAUUUACAUUCAAAGCAAGCUUAAGAGCAAACGCCGAAACGGUACUACGUGAUGUCGCUGAAACAUUUAAUCUGUCUCAGCCAACUUACGUGAGCGUACAUGUUAGGAGGACCGAUUACGUCGAUUAUCUAUGGCAAAAACUAAAAGUCAGACCAGCGCCUAUCAGUUAUUACUUCGCAGCUAUGGAUUACUUCGUCGGUAAAUAUGAUAACGUCGUAUUCAUUGUUACAAGCGACAAUAUAGACUGGUGUAAACACAAUCUACGUAGCAAACGUCACAAAAUGAGUUUCGUCUCGGAAGCAGAUGGUAAAGGACCUGGUAAGGAUCUUGCAGUCUUGUCCGUAUGUAAUCAUAGUAUCAUAGACUAUGGCACGUACGGCUCAUUUGGAGCUAUUUUGGCCGCUGGUGAAACAGUCGUCUACAACGUAACAACAUACUUUUCCACCUUGAUCGCUGAGGUUUUACCCAAGUGGAGGAUAAUGAGUUGAAGGAAAGCAUAGAUAGAUUAUGAAAGAAAAGGAUAGAACGGAUAGAUAGAUAGAUUGAUUGUUUGAUUGAUUGGUUGAUUGAUUGAUUGAUUGAUUGAUUGAUUGAUUGAUUGAUUGAUUGAUUGAUUGAUUGAGACAGGGAAUGUGGGAUAAAUAAUUUCUAAUAUGAGAUUAGAAGGAAGAAUAGAGGAAAAAAGUGAAAAAAAGAAUUAAAAAAUACGUAUGUACAAAUCUGCAAUUUAAGAUUAGUAAGUGUGUGUGUGUGUGUGUAUGUGUGUGUUUGUGUUACUUUUUCCUUUCUCUUUUUCUUUCGUAGACUCUUUGAUUCGUUGAUUCUCUUUUUUUUUGUCGUUUUUCGAUGUUGCAUGACUUUUCCGAGUUUUCUCACCGGUUAGAUCCGUUCAUAACUCUUCGUUAGUAAUGAUGGUUAUCGGAUUUCAUUCAGACACCUUGAAAUAGUCUAUGUAUGCGUACAUAUGUAUACGAGCCAUUAUUUUUCAAAGUGGUAAAAAUCCAAUUUCGAAACAAAAAGAAAGAAGAAAAGAUUGAGUUGAAAUUGGUUCUGUCUUUAAAAUUAAUGCUUUAAAGGGGAAAAUCUGGAAGAAUUGAAUUUUUUAUUUGUUUUCUUUUUUUUUUUUUUUUUUUUAUAUUUUUUCGUUUAAAA